UCUCCUAAACCCUUGUCUUCCUUUGUGUAUAUACAUACAUCAGUCGUUUCUUUCACUCCUCAACGCUACCUUCCUCUGCCGCUUCCGAUCAACCACCACCCCUCAAAGUUCAUAUCGAUUCAUGCAACAAUGGCUUCAUCUUUAGAUAUCACAGCAGCAGACCUCUUACAAGGAUCAAAAAAUUAUAACUUUUUCUUGCCUAAACCCUUACCAAAAAGUAGAAAUUCCCAUUUGCUUUUUGGUUCAUCUCAUUGUAGAAAAAGCCCUAGUGUGAGAAUAUGCAGUAAAGGUGUUCGACGAAAUGCCUCUGAGAAAGUCAAAGCUGUAGUUUCAGUAGAUACACAAGGGUUAGGGAGUGUUGAGGAUUUGGUCACUGAAAAAGUGAUUCAUUUCUUCAGAACUCCAUUGAUUCAAGAAAGUGCGAGUUUCGAGUUACUCAAGUCGGUUCAGACCAAGAUUUCUGAUCAAAUUGUGGGGUUGAAAACCGAACAGUGUUUUAAUAUCGGGCUUGACGAAAGCUUGUCGAGUGAGAAGCUUUCGGUCCUCAAAUGGCUGUUACAAGAGACGUACGAGCCGGAGAAUUUAGGGGACGGAAGUUUUAUAGGUAAAGAGACGAAAGAAGGGUUUAACACAGUGGUUGUUGAAGUCGGGCCGAGGUUAUCGUUCACCACAGCAUGGUCUGCAAACGCGGUGUCGAUAUGUCAAGCGUGUGGGCUAACGGAAGUCAACAGAUUAGAACGGUCAAGGCGGUAUCUGUUAUACGUUAAGGCUGACGGUGAACCGCUUCAAGAAAGUCAAAUUCUUGACUUUGCUGCAAUGGUGCACGAUAGAAUGACCGAAUGUGUUUAUCCCGAUAAGCUUACGUCUUUCAAAACGAGUAUAGUUCCCGAAGAGGUGUAUUACGUACCUGUUAUGGAAAAGGGGAGACAAGCGUUAGAGGAAAUUAACCAGCAAAUGGGUUUAGCGUUCGACGAACAAGACCUACAAUACUACACUAAGUUGUUCAAAGACGAUAUUAAGCGAGACCCGACGAACGUUGAGCUUUUCGAUAUCGCACAAUCGAACAGCGAACAUAGCCGGCACUGGUUUUUUACCGGGAAGAUUAUCGUAGACGGUGAACCUAUGGAUAAAACGCUAAUGCAGAUUGUAAAGAGUACGUUAAAGGCUAACCCUAACAAUUCGGUGAUCGGGUUUAAAGACAACUCGAGUGCGAUCAAAGGGUUUCCGGUGAAUCCGUUACGACCUACGCAUCCUGGUUCUACGUCUUCAUUAACCCCGGUUGGGCGUGAUCUUGAUAUCCUGUUUACUGCGGAGACCCAUAAUUUCCCGUGUGCGGUUGCACCGUACCCCGGUGCGGAAACUGGUGCCGGAGGGCGAAUCAGGGAUACACACGCAACGGGUCGAGGAUCUUUUGUUGUGGCGUCAACCGCUGGGUAUUGUGUCGGGAAUCUUAACAUUGAGGGGUCAUACGCUCCAUGGGAAGACGCGUCUUUUGAAUACCCGUCGCAUUUAGCUUCACCGUUACAAAUUCUCGUUGACGCAAGCAACGGUGCGUCAGAUUACGGUAACAAAUUCGGUGAACCGUUGAUUCAAGGGUACACACGAACAUUCGGAAUGCGGCUUCCAAGCGGGGAACGGCGGGAAUGGUUGAAACCGAUCAUGUUCAGUGCGGGUAUCGGGCAAAUCGAUCACACCCAUAUCACAAAAGGCGAGCCUGAAAUCGGGAUGCUGGUUGUUAAAAUCGGGGGGCCCGCGUAUAGAAUCGGAAUGGGAGGUGGUGCUGCGUCGAGUAUGGUUAGCGGUCAGAAUGACGCUGAGCUGGAUUUUAACGCUGUCCAGCGUGGCGAUGCUGAGAUGGCACAAAAGUUGUAUCGGGUUGUUCGUGCGUGUAUCGAAAUGGGUGAGAAUAACCCAAUUAUCAGCAUACACGAUCAGGGUGCAGGCGGUAAUUGUAAUGUCGUUAAAGAGAUCAUUUAUCCCGAAGGUGCGACAAUCGAUAUUCGAGCUAUUGUUGUCGGUGAUCAUACGAUGUCGGUUUUGGAGAUUUGGGGUGCGGAAUAUCAAGAACAAGAUGCGAUAUUGGUCAAACCCGAAAGCCGUAGUCUGUUAGAGUCUGUUUGUAAAAGGGAACGGGUUUCGGUGGCGGUUAUUGGGGUUAUUAACGGUGAAGGUCAUGUACGGUUAGUCGACAGUUACGCACCUGAAAAACCACCAGCUGUCGAUCUCGAACUCGAAAAAGUUCUCGGAGACAUGCCGCAAAAAACAUUCGAAUUCCAUCGUGUAAACGAUAAAGUCGAAUCACUCGACAUCGCUCCCGGGAUCACGUUAAUGGAUUCGCUUAAACGCGUGUUACGAUUACCAUCCGUCUGUUCUAAACGGUUUUUAACAACCAAAGUCGAUCGCUGCGUAACGGGCCUGGUCGCCCAGCAACAAACCGUCGGUCCGUUACAGAUCACUCUCGCUGACGUGGCGGUUAUCGGCCAAACAUUUACCGAUUACACAGGCGGCGCGUGUGCGAUCGGGGAGCAACCGAUUAAGGGUUUACUCGAUCCAAAAGCGAUGGCCCGUUUGGCGGUUGGUGAAGCGUUAACGAAUCUUGUUUGGGCUAAAAUCACCAAUUUAAGUGAUGUUAAAGCGAGCGGGAACUGGAUGUAUGCUGCUAAACUUGACGGUGAAGGUGCGGCGAUGUAUGACGCGGCUAUUGCGCUAUCGGAAGCUAUGAUUGAACUUGGAAUUGCGAUUGAUGGUGGUAAAGAUAGUUUAUCGAUGGCGGCUCGUGUUUCCGGUGAAGUGGUUAAAGCUCCCGGUAAUCUUGUAAUCAGUGCUUACGUCACGUGUGAUGAUAUAACGAAAACCGUUACACCUGAUUUGAAACUUAAGGAUGAUGGAGUUUUGCUUCAUGUUGAUUUGGCUAAAGGAAAACGACGGUUAGGUGGCUCUGCUCUCGCUCAGGUGUUUGACCAAAUUGGUGAUGAAUGCCCAGAUGUCGACGAUGUUCCUUACCUCAAAACUGUUUUCGAGGCUGUUCAGGAUCUACUAACAGCUGAAUUAAUCUCAGCGGGUCACGAUAUCAGUGACGGUGGUCUUAUCGUCGCGGUUCUUGAGAUGGCGUUUGCCGGAAAUUGUGGUGUUCAAGUCAACUUAAAUUCCAAUGGAAAAAGCAUUUUUGAGACAUUAUUCUCGGAAGAACUCGGUCUUGUUCUCGAGGUCAACAAAGUCAAUGUUAAUGAGGUGACCGCGAUACUUGAAAACCGUGGUGUCUCUUCGGAAGUUGUAGGACAAGUAACCGCCGAGCCGAUGAUUAGUUUAGAAAUCGAUGGAGUGAAACAUUUAGAUGAGAAAACCGUCGAUCUUCGUGAUAUUUGGGAAGAAACCGGGUUUCACAUCGAAACGAAGCAUAAGUUAGCUGCUUGUGUAACCGCAGAAAAAGAAGGAUUAAAGAACCGACACGAACCCGCAUGGAAGCUAACUUUCACUCCGAAAUUCACCGAUGAAAAUUACAUGAACAUUGGUACCAAACCGAAAGUGGCUAUAAUUCGGGAAGAGGGUAGUAACGGUGACCGUGAAAUGUCGGCUGCGUUUUUCGCUUCGGGGUUUGAGCCGUGGGAUGUUACUGUGUCGGAUCUGUUAAACGGGUCGGUUUCUCUAAGCGGGUUUCGGGGUGUCGUGUUUGUCGGCGGGUUUAGUUACGCUGAUGUGCUCGAUUCCGCAAAGGGGUGGGCUGCUUCGAUACGGUUCAACCCGUCACUUUUAAACCAGUUUCAAGAGUUCUAUAACCGCCCAGACACGUUUAGUCUCGGGGUCUGCAACGGGUGCCAGCUCAUGGCUCUACUGGGCUGGAUCCCGGGCCCGAAUGUCGGUGGAACUUUAGGAUCCGGUGGUGAUCCGGCCCAGCCCAGAUUCGUACACAACGAAUCGGGCGGGUUUGAGUGCCGGUUCACUAACGUGACAAUUAAAGAAUCGCCAGCGAUAAUGUUUAAAGGGAUGGAAGGCAGUACGUUAGGCGUUUGGGCCGCACAUGGUGAAGGAAAAGCGUAUUUUCCCGAUCAAAUGAUUUUCGAUAAAGUUUUAUCGUCCGACUUGGCUCCGGUAAGAUACUGUGAUGAUGACGGAAAACCGACGGAAACGUAUCCGUUUAACUUUAACGGAUCGCCGCUAGGUGUGGCGGCAAUUUGCUCGCCAGAUGGGCGGCAUCUGGCUAUGAUGCCGCACCCUGAGCGGUGUUUUCUGAUGUGGCAGUUCCCGUGGUAUCCGAAGGACUGGGAUGUUGAAAAGAAAGGACCGAGCCCGUGGUUGAAGAUGUUUCAGAAUGCUCGAGAAUGGUGUUCGUAAAAAGUCGCGAUUUCGUUGAUUCAAGAGUUUUCUUGGUGAGAAUGAUGCAGACAUUAUAGUUUCUUGAAGGGUUUAAUAAUUUACAUAAAAGUUGUCAUGCUAUGAACAGAUGUCUGGUUUGUCAACUGCUGGAGAUGUUUCUUAUUUUCGGACACUUUUUUGUCGUUUUAGUCUUGCCUUUCGAGUUUCAAGUGCUUUGUCGACUUAUUUUUCGACUUGUUCUUUAA